AUGAAUCCGAAUAGACUGAGUACAGCUCCUCUAUUGGAUAUGGAUAUUCCCAGCGGCUUACCACCAGCCCUAACACCGACCAGGUGCGAACCUCCACCUCCACCAGCAGCGACAAAAACAUACACAUGGCGUGAAUGGGGUGAGUGGCUAGUCAAAGAUGUGCCGAAAGAUAUAAAAAGGAAAGUCACCGGCGCGUACAGAAUAUUCAAAAACAAGGUUUUAAGUCUGUACGGUAAGCAAUCGACGGUAAAAUCAACAUUAGUCUCUAGCGCUAUCAAAAACAAAACUGCCAAAUGGAUGAUACCCGGUGAUGGAUUCAAGGAUCCCUGGGUCUUCUUAAACAACGCAAGACCUGAAGUGGAAAAGAUCGUCAACGAUGUUAAAGGUGCAAAGAAAGUAUAUCUAGUAUUAACCUGCGAACUCGUAAAAGAAGACUCGAAAACCAAACAGAAAACAUACACAACAUUCCACGGAAGAAGUAAUACUCACACAAUCACAGUUAACAUCGGCAGAGAGUAUGAAAAAAUGCGUGAAAAAGUGUUAGAAAGUCUGGCAAAAUUCCAAAAGAAUGGUAGUGGUUGGACGUUACACAGAGUGGAAAAGUUAGAAGUGUCUGUCACGAAGUAUGAACCGCUGGACGGGAAAUGAUAUACAACGCCGCUCCCGAAACCUCUAAAAGGGAAGAAAGCCAUCAUUAAUAUAAAAAAUGAGGACGACCAGUGUUUUAAAUGGGCAGUGACUAGAGCAUUAAACCCAGUAGAUGAUCAUGCAUAUAGAGUCACAAAAAUCUUAAAAUUACAGGCUGAAAAAUACAAUUGGGAAGACAUAGAGUUCCCAACAAAAGUUAAAGAUAUUCACAAAUGGGAAGAGAAAAAUAAUAUAGGCAUCAACGUAUUCGGAUACAAUGAGGAAACAAAAAAAUUAUAUACGUUAAAACUCGGAGAACAAGAAAAUCCUACGGAAACAGUAAAUCUAUACCUGCACGACGACAAUCACUACUGUACAAUCAAAGAUCUAGGUCGUCUCAUAGCAUCACAACUUAGCAAAAAAGAACAUUGAAAAUUUAUAUGUCUACGAUGUAUAAAUGCGUUCGGGACGGAAAUACUCCUAGCUGAACAUAUAGUACUAUGCGAAGAUCAUAAACUACAACGCCAUUAUUACCCAUCCAAAGGCAGCACAACAUUCUUCAAAAACUUUGAACGGCUACAUGAAGUACCAUUCAUGGUGAACGCAGAUUUCGAAUGCUUUCUAGAACCAAUGGAUCAUGUAGAAGAUGAUCCAACUAAGUCAUACAGAGUUCAAUAUCAAAAGCAUAAGCCUAGCGGAUUCUCAUACACGAUAAAAUGUAUGGAUGAGAGCGUUUACAAAACAAAAUUUGUAACAUACACGACACAAAAUAAGGAUGAUGAUAUUGGAAAGAUGUUCGUUGACUCACUGGAGGAAAAUCUGAAACUAGUGUACGAAAUUCUUAAAAAAGUAACACCAAUAAGCAUGACGGAAAAGGACGAAAAGAACUACAAUGAAUCUGAUAACUGUUAUGCAUGCAAUAUACAAUUCGGAACCGUCAGAAUAAAUGAAUGGAACGGUGAGGAAGCAAAAGUAAUUAAGUGUAGGGAUCACUGUCAUAUUACUGGCAAAUACCGAGGAGCUGCAUGCGACAAAUGUAACCGCCGAAUGAGAAUACCAAAAUUCGUGCCAAUACUGUUCCAUAAUCUGGAAGGUUACGAUGCACAUUUGUUUGUAAAAAGCCUAGGACUCAGUGAGGGUGAUAUUAAUUGUACUCCAAAAACAGACGAAAAGUAUAUAUCGUUCAGUAAGAGAAUCCCUAUGGAGACUAUCGAACUGGAAGAUGGAGAGAAAACACUGUAUUUGGAAAUGCGGUUCCUGGACUCGUAUAAGUUCACGCUCGCAUCACUCGACUCUCUUGCCAACACGCUCGGUAAGGAUGACUUCUACCCACUAGAAAGUCAAAUGGAACACUCAGGAAUAGAAUUAUUAAAAAGAAAAGGGGUGUUUCCAUAUGAAUUUAUGACAGAUUAUGACAAAUUACAAUAUGAUAGGUUACCCAGUAAGAAAGAAUUUUACAGCAAAUUAAAUAACACAGACAUCAGCGAUGAGGACUAUGAACAUGGCCAAAAAGUUUGGAAGACGUUCGACUGCAAAACGAUGCGUGACUACCACGAUCUAUACCUCAAGACAGACGUACAGCUUCUCACAGACAUCAUGUGUAAGUUUAGGAAAACAUGUAUGGAAAACUACGGAUUAGAUCCACUACAUUACUACACCGCGCCAGGGCUCGCGUGGGACGCCGCAUUAAAAAUCACAGGAAUAGAAUUAGAACUCAUUCAUGACCCUACCAUGUAUCUCAUGAUAGAGAAAGGAAUACGAGGUGGAGUCAGCACGAUAAUGAAAAGAUACGCGAAGGCAAAUAACAAAUAUAUGAAAAAUUAUGAUCCGAAAAAGGAUAACAUAUACAUACCAUACUUAGACGCCAACAACUUAUAUGGAUGGGCAAUGAGUCAACCAUUACCAGUCAGAAACUUCAAAUGGAUGACAGAGUUCGAACUAAGCAACUGGGAAAACAUUCCAUGCAUACUGGAAGUGGACCUGGAAUAUCCAGAAAAUCUACAUGACAUCCACAACGAAUAUCCACUCGCACCGGAAAGCAUAGAAGUAAAUAAAGUCAAGAAAUUAAUCCCAAACUUAAACGAUAAGAAAAACUAUGUAUUGCAUUAUAGAAACCUGAAACUAUAUCUAGAAUUAGGACUAAAACUAACAAAAGUACAUCGAUCGCGGGGUAAAGUUUGAAGAAAGUCCAUGGUUAGCAAAAUAUAUACAACUUAACACAAAUCUUAGAGCAAAAGGUACAACAGAUUUCGAAAAGAACUUCUUUAAACUAAUGAAUAACUCAGUAUUUGGAAAGACCAUGGAGAACGUUCGGAAUAGAGUAAACGUCAAGCUGGUGACCACUGAGGAGCAGUUAAACAAACUCGCGAAAAAGCCACACUUCAAAGGCGUAAACAUUUUCACAGAAAACUUAAUCGCCGUUCACAUGGAAAAAACCACUGUCAAACUUGUAAAACCUAUAUACCUAGGAAUGAGCAGCUUAGACCUAAGCAAAACACUCAUGUAUAACUUUCACUAUAACUACAUCAAACCAAAAUAUGGUAAUAAUGCAAACCUGCUCUGCACAGACACAGACAGUUUAUGCUAUGAAAUUAAAACGAAAGAUUUCUACAAGGGCAUCACACCGGAUGUUGAAAAAUGGUUCGAUACAAGCAACUACGACAAAGACCACAGCAGUGGAAUACCAGUUGGUAAAAAUAUGAAAGUCGUAGGUAUGAUGAAAGAUGAAUGUGGAGGAGAAUAAAUCUCAGAGUUCGUCGGACUCCGUAAUAAGCUGUAUGCCUAUAAAAUGGAUGAAGGAGAAGAGAAAAAGAAAUGUAAAGGUGUGAAAAAGUGCGUAGUCAAAAAUGAAAUAGUAUUCGAGAAUUAUAAAAAUUGUCUAUUCUCAGGAGCAAAACAAUACAGAACAAUGAAUACAUUCCGAAGUCGGCAGCAUGAAAUAACAACGGAAAGAAUUAACAAAACGGCACUUUCGGCAAACGAUGAUAAGCGUGUUAUACUAUCCGACGGAAUACAUACUCUAGCAAUAGGACACUUUCGACUCUCCCGGAAGGAUUAAAAAAAAUAGUUUCAAAAGUAGUGAUGACGUCAUCAUUGAAUUCUUUGGAAAAUGAUUACGUGAUUGAUGACGUCAUCAUUAAAUUCUUUGGAAAAGAAAUGCGUUAG